AUGAUUCUGCUGCAAAUCACGGUCGUCGUUCUGCUGGCGGCACUCGUUUCAGCUAUAUACCUGUCACGCAGAAGGCGGUUUUCGUUGUUUAGAAGGCUUGGAGUUCCCGGACCUCCCCCGAACCUGAUAAGUGGCAACAUUCCAGAAAUCAAAGCUCAGGGAUCAACAGCUGCCUUUAGCAAUUGGACAAAGCAGUACGGUGACAUAGUUGGGUUCUUCAAUGGAGCGGCACCUUUUCUCCUGGUUAAAGAUGUUGACCUGUUAAAGAAAGUUCUAAUUGAAGACUUCAACGUGUUCCCUGAUCGAGGGAACAUCAUGGGCGUCUUGCCUGCACCCGUAAAUCCGGAAUCGCUGGUGGUAGUGGCAUCCGCCCACCGCUGGAGGCCCCUGAGGAAAGCAAUCACUCCAGCAUUCACGGCGAGCAAGAUGACGCAGGCGUUCAAUGUCUUUGCAACCUCCAGCGAGGCACUGGCGGACAUUGUCGGAAGGCAAAGCUCUGUCGACAGAUCAGUGGAUGCUAUGCUGCUGUUGCGGCGAUAUGCCUUGGACACGAUUCUCAAGGCCGGCUUCGGCAUCGACGUGGGCGUGCAGAAAGCCGAACCUGGUGGGUUUUGGGACAAGCUCGCCGUUGGAAGUGCCCGACUGUUGGAUUCAAUCGGGCUGCAAGGAAUCACGCUAAUAGCAAAUUGUCUACCAGAACUUCAGCCCCUUUUUAUGUGGCUGACGGCAAUUACUGCAUGGUGCACGGAUAAGUUCAUCGCUUUAGUCGAGGAGCUGGUGAAACCAGUCAUUGAGCGGCGCCGGGGGAUGAAGUCGAACAAGGCAUGUGACAUCCUUCAGGUUCUCCUUAAGAGCGAAGACGUGGAUGCCGCUAUAGGCAAUCAAGUUCAUAGCCGCCUGUCUAAGGUAGAGAUUUUGGUCAAUGCGUGCGUUUUAGUCUCUGCCGGGUUAGACAGCACGGUUCACACAGUUGUCUCUACUCUGUACUGCGUGGCCACACACAUGGACAUCCAAGAAAGAUUGAGAAAAGAAAUUCACGAUAUACUGAAGGACGAGGGUCAGCUUACCUAUCACGCUGUCGGACGAAUGAAAUACCUCGGCAUGGUGGUCAAGGAAUCGAUGCGCCUGUAUUCUCAAAACGUUGGGUUUGUUGCAAGACGUGCGGUUUCCGACUACACGUACAAAGACCUUUUAAUACCAAAAGGUGUCAGCAUAGUAGCUGCUGCGAGCUGCCUCAACGUUGAUCCAGAUAUAUGGAGUGAUCCAACUGUGUUUGACCCCGAGAGAUUUAGCGAUGAGAACAAGGCUGGCAUCAACCCCGUUUCUUACCUGGCUUUUGGAUGCGGUCCACGUAACUGUGUAGGCCAAGCGUUCGGCACUCUGAACGUCAAAACAGUUAUCGCCACGUUACUUUCAAGAUACCGAGUACGUAUGGACGAAGAACGUCACAAGGAAGGUCUGCAGUUCAGGAGCAAUUUCAUCACCUCAUGCCUGCCGCGCUCCGUGUGGUUGAAGUUUGAGAACGCUUAACCAUUGGAUUCUCUUACCCAAAAGCCGCAUGGCCAGCACUGGGGCUGUAUAAGCUAAUAAACCAGAUAUUUUCAUGUUGAAUAAACAUUACU